CCUCGUGCCUUUUCUCUUGGUGCUGGGCGUCACUGCAAUCAAAGACCUGGUGGACGAUGUGACUCGUCAUAAAAUGGAUAAUGAAGUAAACAAUAGGACAUGUGAAGUCAUCAAGGAUGGCAGGUACUGUGCCGCCUUCUUUUUGCUAUUUUGUUAUUGUGGUUAGUUGCCAUUGAGUUAACUCCAGCUCAUGGUGACCCCAUGUACAACAGAACAAAACAUUGCUUGGUCCUGCAGCAUCUUCACAAUCACGCACUGGUAUGGUUGAGUCCGCUGUUGCAGCCACUGUGUAUUUGAAUGACUUCCAACCCAGGGGCUCAUCUUCUAGCACUACAUCGGACCGUCUUCUGUUGUGAUUUAUAGGGUUUUCAUUGGCUCAUUUAUAGUAAUAGAUCAUCAGGCCUUUCUUCCUAGUCUGUCUUAGUCUGGAAACUCCACUGAAGCCUGUCCAUUAUGGGUGACCGUGCUGGUAUUUGAAAUAUUGGUGGCAUAGCUUCCCCUAUCAUAGUAGCACACAAGCCACCACAGUACAACAAACUGACCGAUGAGUGGUGGGUCAUUUAGUCACAAGAACGUAAUGUAUGAGUAUGCCUAGAAACAUAUUUAGAGAUAAUGAUUUGAAUUUAGAAGUCUAUCAAUACCUGAACAUUCUAAUUGUAAAGACCUCUUUUAACUUACAAAGGCAUUGUAUCCCCUUUGUAGCCUGGUGGAUUGUGGGUGGUCACUCUGAGUUAUCAGUACAUGCUGUAUUUGCAAAACUCCUUCAUCCUCCGUCAUCCCUUCUCUUCAUCCUCCUUCAUCCCGUUUCUUCUGUUCCUAAAGCUACCCAUUCAGGCCUGUGCUCAGAUGUCUUGAUAUCUUACCCGAUUCUCCAGCCAAAGUGGUUUCUCCCUUCUCUACACUUUUAGAGCAUUGUCUUUCGUCUUAUAAUCUGAAUUUUAUUAGAAUUAUUUAUGUAGGUGUCUCAUUUUCUCUCCUGGACUCUUGAGUUUCUCCAGGAUACUGUCUGACGGUGUUUAUUUUUGUGUCCGCUAGAGCCUCCAGCACACAGAAAGUGCUCAAUAAACGUUUGUUAAUUUAAUGUAAUCAACUGUGACCAAAGUACCAAUUCAGUGCUCAGUAAUGACUUGUUUUUUUGAGCAAGAGCCUCAAGGCAGAACUGCAGUUUCAAGCGUUAAAAAUAGUGACUAAGGAACAAUUCAAAGACUUUUUGAGUGACAACACUGAGGAAAAUAACCUGAUUUAAGCCACACAUUUAAAAAAAAAAAAAAAAAGCAACACAUUAGCUGUGUCUUUUUUGAAUAUAGACUGCAGCAAUCCAUAAAUAUUUUAGGACAGCUUUUUCUCCUCACACAGACACACACACACACAAAAUGGACUGCGUUUCAAAUGUUACCUUUCAGCUCACUUAGAAUCAAUAUUAUGAACGGUGGUGAGAUUCCUAGCUAGCCCACAGAAUGCUGUUAGCCCACAAUAUGGAUAAACUGCAUGGUAAAUAGUAGCCCUGAGUUUCCUCGAAUCUGGGGAUGGUGGGCACAUAUCUGGCAGGGCUGUGGAGCCAAGCCUGUGUGAGGACUUGAGCAUCAGUGGGACAGGGCAGCAAGGGCCUCAUCAGGGAAAACUGUUAUAUCCAGUGCAAGAGUCCCAUGGGAAUUGCUUCUAAUAUUACAAAAGAACUAUAAUAAGAAGAGUCUAAUUUGUUCAUUUGUGAUUUGAGCCUCACUUGCAAAUUUAUAAUUUCACAUAUUGGAAUAUAAAAUACUAUAAUUCCAUUUAUUGAAAGGUAAGUUAGCUUUACUAAAUUCGAGUAAAAUUGAGGAAAUUAGGGUACAAACAUAUAUUUUAAAUGUACUUUAAAUCUCCAGAUCUCUCUCCCCCCCCCCACCCCCCAUAAAUUAAUGGGAAGAAAGACAUAGCAAUUGGAUUUCUACCUCCCACAAAAAUGAAGGUCGUUAGUUGUGGCAGGUUCAUAGUGUCUAUUAGGUAUAUCUUUUCUGUACAUGAACGCCUUUAAAGCAGAGUACUAUAUUUUAAAACUUAAAAAUCCUGGUUUGUUAGAAAUUUAAAUAAAUGUUUUUCUAUGGAAUUUAGUACCGAAGACAGUAAUUCAUUCUACAUUAUAUCAAUAUUCUUAUUAGGUUUAUUAUGAAAACGACACAUACAACAGAGAAUAUAUAAAGUAGAAAAGUUUCCAUUUUUUACAUCUGUAUUUCCAGAUUCACUCUCCAGAAGUAACCACUCUUAACAGAUUCAUCUAUAGCCUUCCAGACUUUUUCCUAUAUGCGUAUGUGGCUUUUUUUUAUAUACACAAAAAAUGAAAUCAUAAUAUACUGUUCUGCACUUGCUUGUUUGACCUAAAACGAUACCAUAGAUUUCUCUUUUGUCUACCUGAAGAAGAAGAACUUUGUCUUGGAUUUUGAGCCAAGUGUCUUUCUCAUCUUUCCUAUCCUAUAAACUACCAAAUAAAGAAGAUUGAAAUAAUAGUUAUCAGGAAGCUUGUUUAAAAGCGAAGGAAUUCUACCCUUCAGACACUCUUCUUGUCUGGAAAAACACAACUGCUCUGUUAUUGGAAAAACAUCCUUCCUUGACUGAUUCGUCCACAAGAACAUCGGCAGGCUCCACUGCGUAAAUGGUGAACAGGCUUUGCAAGGUUCAAAGUUGCCAAGUGGAAAGACAUUCAAGUUGGAGAUGUCAUUCGUCUGAAAAAAAAUGAUUUUAUUCCAGCUGAUAUUCUCCUGCUGUCCAGCUCUGAACCUAACAGCCUCUGCUAUGUGGAAACAGCCGAACUAGAUGGGGAAACCAACUUAAAGUUCAAAAUGGCGCUUGAAAUAACAGACCAGUAUCUCCAAAGAGAAAAUGCAUUGGCAACAUUUGAUGGUUUUAUUGAAUGUGAAGAACCCAAUAACCGACUAGAUAAGUUUACAGGUACACUCUUUUGGAGAAGCUCAAGUUUUCCUUUGGAUGCUAAUAAAAUUUUGUUGCGUGGCUGUGUCAUUAGGAACACAGAUGUCUGCCAUGGAUUGGUCAUUUUUGCAGGUGCUGACACUAAAAUAAUGAAGAAUAGUGGGAAAACCAGAUUUAAAAGAACUAAAAUCGAUUACUUGCUGAACUACAUGGUCUACACGAUCAUUGUUGUUCUUAUCUUGCUUGCUGCUGGUCUGGCCAUUGGCCAUGCUUACUGGGAAGCACAAGUUGGCAAUUACUCUUGGUACCUCUAUGAUGGAGAAGAUGCUACCCCCUCCUACCGUGGAUUCCUAAGUUUCUGGGGCUACAUCAUUAUUCUUAACACCUUGGUGCCCAUCUCUCUAUAUGUCAGUGUGGAAGUGAUUCGUCUUGGGCAAAGCCACUUCAUCAACUGGGACCUGCAGAUGUACUAUGCUGAGAAGGACACGCCUGCAAAGGCCCGAACCACCACUCUGAACGAGCAGCUGGGGCAGAUCCAUUACGUUUUCUCUGAUAAGACAGGAACACUGACUCAAAAUAUCAUGACCUUUAAAAAGUGCUGCAUCAAUGGGCAAAUAUAUGGAGACCAUCGGGAUGCUUCUCAACACAAUCAUAGCAGAAUAGAGCCAGUUGAUUUUAGCUGGAAUAUAUUUGCUGAUGGGAAGUUUGCAUUUUAUGACCAUUAUCUUAUUGAGCAAAUCCAGUCAGGAAAAGAGUCUGAAGUACGACAGUUCUUUUUCUUGCUUGCAAUUUGCCAUACGGUCAUGGUGGAAAGAAUCGAUGAUCAGCUCAACUAUCAGGCAGCCUCCCCCGAUGAAGGUGCUCUGGUAAGUGCUGCCAGGAACUUUGGCUUCACCUUCCUAGCAAGGACCCAGAACACCAUCACCGUCAGUGAGCUGGGGACUGAAAGGACCUACAACGUUCUUGCCAUCUUAGACUUCAACAGUGACCGGAAGCGGAUGUCUAUAAUUGUAAGAACCCCAGAAGGCAAUAUCAGGCUUUAUUGUAAAGGUGCUGACACUGUAAUUUAUGAAAGGUUACAUCAGAUGAAUCCUACAAAGCAAGAGACGCAGGACGCUCUGGAUAUCUUUGCAAAUGAGACUCUGAGGACCCUGUGCCUUUGCUACAAAGAGAUUGAAGAAAAGGAAUUUGCAGAAUGGAAUAAAAAGUUCAUGGCUGCCAGUGUGGCCUCAACCAACCGGGAUGAAGCUCUAGAUAAAGUAUAUGAGGAAAUUGAAAAAGACUUAAUUCUAUUGGGGGCUACAGCUAUUGAAGACAAGCUUCAGGAUGGAGUUCCAGAAACCAUUUCAAAACUGGCAAAAGCAGACAUUAAGAUCUGGGUGCUUACUGGAGACAAAAAGGAAACUGCUGAAAAUAUAGGAUUUGCUUGUGAACUUCUGACUGAAGACACCACGAUCUGCUAUGGGGAAGAUAUAAAUUCCCUUCUUCACACAAGGAUGGAAAACCAGAGGAACAGAGGUGGAGUCUAUGCAAAAUUUGCAACCCCAGUGAACGAACCUUUUUUCCCUCCUGGUGGAAACCGUGCUUUAAUCAUCACUGGCUCUUGGUUGAAUGAAAUUCUUCUAGAGAAAAAGACAAAGAGAAGUAAGAUUCUGAAACUGAAGUUCCCCAGGACAGAAGAGGAAAGACAGAUACGGACCCAGAGUAAAAGAAGGCUUGAAGUUAAGAAAGAGCAGCAGCAGCAGAACUUUGUGGACCUGGCCUGUGAGUGCAGCGCUGUCAUCUGCUGCCGUGUCACACCCAAGCAGAAGGCCAUGGUGGUGGACCUGGUGAAGAGGUACAAGAAAGCCAUCACUCUGGCCAUUGGAGACGGGGCCAACGACGUAAAUAUGAUCAAAACUGCCCACAUCGGUGUUGGAAUAAGUGGACAAGAAGGCAUGCAGGCUGUCAUGUCGAGCGACUUUUCCUUCGCUCAGUUCAGAUACCUGCAGAGGUUGUUGUUGGUGCAUGGCCGGUGGUCUUACAUCAGGAUGUGCAAGUUCCUACGAUACUUCUUUUAUAAAAACUUUGCCUUUACUUUGGCUCACUUGUGGUACUCCUUCUUCAACGGGUACUCCGCACAGACGGCGUAUGAGGACUGGUUCAUCACCCUCUACAAUGUGCUCUACACCAGCCUGCCCGUCCUCCUUAUGGGCCUGCUCGACCAGGAUGUGAGUGACAAACUGAGCCUCCGAUUCCCUGGGUUGUACGUUGUAGGACAAAGAGACUUACUCUUUAACUAUAAGAGGUUCUUCGUAAGCUUGUUGCACGGGGCCUUAACAUCAAUGAUCCUCUUCUUCAUCCCUUUUGGAGCUUACCUUCAAACCAUGGGACAGGACGGCGAGGCCCCUUCAGACUACCAGUCUUUUGCUGUCACAAUUGCCUCUGCUCUUGUCAUAGCCGUGAAUUUCCAGAUUGGCUUGGAUACUUCUUACUGGACUUUUGUGAAUGCUUUUUCGAUCUUUGGAAGCAUUGCACUUUAUUUUGGCAUCAUGUUUGACUUUCAUAGUGCUGGGAUACAUGUUAUCUUACCGUCUACAUUUCAAUUUACAGGCACCGCUGCAAAUGCCCUGAGACAGCCAUAUAUCUGGUUGACCAUCAUCUUGACUGUCGCGUUGUGCUUACUGCCUGUCAUUGCCUUCCGUUUCCUGUCAAUGACCAUUUGGCCAUCAGAAAGUGAUAAGAUUCAGAAGCACCGCAAGCGGUUAAAGGCCGAGGAGCAGUGGAAGCACCGGCAGAAAGUGUUCCGCAGGGGAGUGUCCUCGCGGCGCUCUGCCUAUGCCUUCUCGCACCAGCGGGGCUACGCGGACCUCAUCUCCUCAGGGCGCAGCAUCCGCAAGAAGCGGGCCCCACUGGACGCAAUAAUAGCCGAUGGGACUGCAGAAUACAGGCGAACUGUGGAGAGCUGAGGAAUUCACCUCAAAACUGCCUUUAGUGAAACAGUUAAACAAAGGAAAUGUGCGUUUUUUUAUGAAAGACUCUCAGGACUUUUUUUUUUUUUUUUUUUAAUGAAUUUGUCACAAGGAUACUGAAGACAAUAACCUUUAUAAAACCAACUACUUGGAUUGGACUAUUAAGCAAUAGCAAAGCCAAGGAUACCUUUUUUAAAGUCCUGUUAUUUAACUGUUUAUGUUCCUUCUGAUGCAAAGGGAACCUUUUAACCCGGUCUCAAUCCAGGACAACAGAAUUAGAAACCAUCACCUUCUUCCAUUCAAAUGGGAUUGCAUUAUGAAAAUAUAAUUUUCCUGUCCAUGACCUUCAGCAUGAAUUUACAGGAGGCUCCUUUCUUCCUAUAGACCUUCUUGUUAACUAAGGUUUUUAUUUAUAAUGGUAUUGAUGAAAGACUCAUAAAUGUUGGUCACCUACAACCUCAGUGAUCCAGUGAGUUCUGCAGUGCUGAUCAUGGGCUUCACAGUGUCCUGUUGUCAUAGUGGUUUAAUAAUUCAGUUCAAUCAAGAAAAAUUACUUCAAAUUCGUUAAGUGUAAGGUUUCAAUAUGUUUUUCCACUUACUACCAGGUUAGAAUGGCACAUUGGAAACUGUACUCUGACUGCCGGAUGUUAUUUUAGCAAUUUCCUGUAGUACCUGUACUAGCAAGUGAUUUUAUUCCCUACUCUCUUUCUAAAAAACACAUUUAAUAUUUAGAGGCCGUUAAAACAACUGUUUUAAAAAACUGAGGGUAUCAGUGAUGAAUUGCAGAGUAUUUUGCAAAGCUUUCUUUUGGGAAGCAAAUUUUUGUGCCUGCCUAUAUGUAAAGUAUUUUAUAAGGGUAUUGGACAGAGACCUCGUUCUUUUUCACUUGUCUUAUGUCUUGAGAGAAAAGGUCAUUGAUAACUACAUUUCUAAGGCCGAGUAACACUAGUGUAUCCUUUUAAAAUUGAAGAGAACCCUAGGUAACUAUGGAAACCAUCCUCAGAGAGGUAAAAGUUAUUUUUUUCCAGAAGCUUUUCUCAUUCUACAUUGUUCACACACUGGUUUCCAUAUACUAGUACAGGUGUAAAAGCGUUUUCAAUAGUUGUGUUCUUUACCAUUGGGCUGCAAAUGCUCGCAAUAUGUGUCCCUUUGAAGUCCUCUGAGGAAAUCACAAUGUGUAUAUAGUUCAUUUUUUAGGUAUGAAAAAGAAUGUAUACCUUUUUACUCUAUGGAAAUAAAUUUCUGAAUGUUUACAACUUUUCUGUAUCUUGUAAAUAAAAAGAAUUUUCAGCUUUUUUUUUUUUUUAAGGAAAAGAUAGCUUUUGUCAUUCUGUCAGUUUCAGAUUUCUUCCCUGCUCUGCUAAUUGUGGGAAAGGUUGAUAAUGCAAAUGUGUCAAAGCCUCAUACUCUUGGGUGCAAUAUUAACAAUUUUAAAAGGCAAAUUGCUUUGGAUAAAUUAUUUCUGUAUUCUGUAAAUCUGAGAUUUAAUGUAUAUUUUUUAAAAAUAAAUGCUUUACGAAAAUCUUGGGAAUGUAUGAUCUUUUAAAAAAUGUUUUAAGUUAGGUUAUUAUGUUUGUUGCUUUUUUUUUUUAGAAUGGGGUCCC